AUGUCGAACAUGUCCCUCUCAGACUCGGACCUAUCGUCGCUUUCGUCGGCGCCUCCGUCCGAUGAAGAAACGGGCUCCAUGGCCAUUGAUGAGCCCGUCGGCAUCACGAAAUACUUCAAGAAGGAGUCCGAAUCUCCGCCGCCGAAGCGGGAGCCCUCACCACCCCACGAAUAUGUGUUGGCGGAUAAUCCAGAUAUUGCAUUCAUUGUAAUGUUCCGUGCGCGUUUUAACGAUGCGUUCCCGCGAUCUACACCACACUUUGGACCACAGGACGUUGAAAGAGGCGUCGCGGAAUCUCCUCCAGGCGAUCAUAUUGAGAGAUUGUUAUGUGCAUUUCUUGGAUUGGUAUUGAACCGGAAGAAGGAUGUCGAUCGGAAUCACUACCAGCGUCCCUUGGAAGAGGCGAUCCAAACUCAUGCUUCUCAGUGGCCUAAGGCUUGGCAAGGCAAGAACCCUUUGCACGGGGGUCGCACAUUCGCAACCAUGUCGCCAGAAGAACGCUUGGUGUUACUGAAAUCCUUGAUCCUCUGGUCCCUUGCCUCGUCCGAUGCCAUUCAAGCCAAAAUCAAAGAGUCCUACAAACAGGCACGCCACGAAGACGACCUGAACCAACCACUCUCCGUCCAACCGUGGGGCCGCGACGGCCUCAAGCGCAGAUACUGGCUCAUUGAAGGAUUGGAUGAUACACAUUUCAGACUGUACCGCGAGGGCAACCCAGCCCUCAAGAAUGUUACCUGGUGGAGUAUCGCGGGAAAUAUCCCUGAGUUGAAGGCAGUUGCGGAUAGACUUGACGGCGAGAAAAGCAUCCACUCCAAGAAACUCAGUGAGCGGAUAAGGAACUCUAUACCCCGCUUUGAGGGCUCAGAGGAGAAACGCAAGCGUCGAGACUACCGGAUUGCGCGAAAGGCGGCAUUCGCUCGGCCAGAGCCUGGCUUCUCCUUAUAUGAAGGCCGUACACGCGGAAAGAAACUGAAAUACACCUACUCCGAUGACGAGGACAUCUUCUCUGAUGGCCUUCCUUCUACACGGCGCUCAACGCGCAACACCUCCGGAAUUUCCACACCCCCAGAACCAGCCGGCCCCAGAUUCACAGCCAGUGGUAGGCAAAUACGGUCUCGCGCGGGCGGCCUUUAUGGCGAGACGUUAUUGAGUGGACAACGCGAGGAUGGCGAUGCUGGCGACGAGGGUAGACCCACAAGGGGUCGGACGACGCGAGCAAAUGGAUAUACAGAGUACGACGAUGAAGAAAUGGAUGAAGGUUCGGAAGGAGGACAAUCCAGCGGAAAUGAGUGGCAAGGGAACGAAGGCGAGGAAGAAGAGGACAACGAAUUCGAGGGCGACGACGAAGAGGAGCUGAGUGGUGAUGAAGCAGUGAUGAACGGAGAACCACCAAGCCUUGUGGUACAACUCAGGUACAAUAAGGACAAGGUCCCAAGUAGCCCCAAUGGCCCAACAGAGGAACCCUUACAGCAAGAUCCGAAGAGCAUGGAGGAUGUGGCUAAACCGGUCACGGCGACCGGUGCGGAAGAUGCACUGCAAGGACAACCACCACCCGCAGUGAACGGGCAGAGCUCCCAACCAGACGUUGUCGCAAAGACUCUACCGGAUGCUGCGCCCGCAGCCCAAGAUGUCACCACAACUGACACUUCUGCCAAAGUCGAUGUAUCGCAGCCGACUGCGACUGAGACGAAGACCCAAACAGCUUAGAAAGAAUGAAAUUAGGCAAGACUCAUAUACUACAACAAACUCAGUACCAAUGGUCGAUUCCCCUGGUCUCGAUAGAGUUAUCCACCGAAAUACGAUAUUUCUUGUCAGACUUGAGAUAUAACUCGCUCACAUCUUUCUUCAAGGCGUUUUCUGUUCGUGGGUGGUAUUUGUCGGGUCAAGCUUUGCGGCAAAAAAUUGUGCUGUUAUUAGAAAUGCGACGUGUGUGAUAUGGAAUUCUACCGUGACUGCUAUAUAGCAGGAUGAAUAUGGGCGUGAAUCUUGAAUCGAUCGGUAUCGGUUUUAGAGAGAUGAGGGAUUAUUUGACCCCAAG